AUGACCCAUAUUAGAGCUGCAUCGUCUUUGGAAAGUACUCCAAUAAAUGCAAACAAGAAACCAAAACUAACGUCUCAUGAGCUCAGUGAGUUAGCUGAUAUGCUUUCCGAUUCCGAUGACUGGGAUGGUAAUAUCCAACCAAAUGUCCAUAGCCCUCUUGCAAAUCGUGUCAGACAAGUGGUGCCGUCCAGUUUCGUCAUUCCACAACCGGAGGGAAAGAAACCAGGUUGGACUGGUGAAAAGAUUUCGGAUAGUGUCAUAGAGCUUUUAGAUUCAGAUAGUUCUACGACGUCACUUAACGUUGUUGUAGAGAAUGCUCCAACUUUUUCCAAUGACGUAAAAGUAGAAGAUAUGCUGGAAGCAUCCUUAAGAGAGAGUAGACCACAUUUUGAACAGUCAAGUUUUAAUUAUGGAUCAAUACCGGACAAAAUCAGCAUUCCUACCAACAAGGGAUCUCCAUUAAAUAACAACAUUUCAAGCAAUGAAGUUAACAACAGUGCUCUCUCUGAUGAAAGAAGUAUUGAAAUUUUACAAGAACAGUCAAAAUUGACAUUUGGCAAUAAAUUCACUUUACUUACCCAAGCACCCACAUUUACGAACUCUGACGAUAUAGAUGAGAGACCAAAACUGCCGCCAAAUGUCAAAGUCAAGAUUCCCAUCCGUCUUAGUAGGGAGCAAGAGCAUAUAAUUGAUUUGGCUGAAAAAGGGUACAAUAUUUUUUAUACAGGUAGUGCAGGUACAGGUAAAUCUGUUUUGCUGAAAGAGAUGAUUAAACGCCUUAAAAGUAAAUAUGGUGCUGAAGAAGUAGCAGUUACAGCUUCUACCGGUCUGGCAGCAUGUAACAUUGGUGGGUUUACAAUCCAUUCUUUUUCAGGCGUUGGAUUAGCUAAAGGUGACGCAGAUAGAUUAUAUAAGAAAGUUCGAAGAUCGAGAAAACAUCUUAAACGUUGGGAAAAUAUUAGCGCUUUGGUUGUAGAUGAAAUUUCCAUGAUUGAUGCAGAAUUGCUCGACAAACUAGACUACAUUGCCCAGAGGAUAAGGAAAAAUCACUCCCCAUUUGGCGGUAUUCAAUUAAUUCUUUGUGGAGAUUUCUUCCAAUUACCACCUGUAUCCAAAGAUCCAGAAAACCCAACAAAAUUUGCCUUCGAAUCAAAGGCAUGGAAAACAGGUAUUCAAUUAACUAUCAUGUUACAAAGAGUGUUCAGACAACAAGGUGAUACCAAAUUUAUUGAGAUGCUCAAUAAAAUGAGGCUCGGACAGAUCGAUGAGGAUACGGAAAGAGAAUUUAAGAAGCUUAGUCGACCAUUACCAAACGAUGAAAUUAUCCCCGCCGAACUGUACAGUACUAGAAAUGAGGUUGAUAGAGCCAAUAGCGCUCGCUUAACUCGUCUCCCUGGUAAGGUUCAUACUUUCAAUGCUAUCGAUGGUGGUUCUUUAGAAGACCAAGAACUCAAGGAAAAAUUGCUUCAGAAUUUUUUAGCACCCAAGCAGCUUCAUUUAAAAGUUGGUGCUCAAGUGAUGAUGAUCAAGAAUAUAGAUGCCAAAUUAGUGAACGGUUCCUUGGGGAAAGUUAUUGAUUUUAUCGAUGCAGACACUUAUAUGUUUUAUAACAACUUAAUAUCCAAUCCGAGACAUCCCGUAAAGGACCUAGAGAGAAUGGUUCAUAACCCCUCCUAUUUGCAUGAACUCAAAGAGAUGAUGACAGAUGAAGAAGAAGCAAAUCAAAAGAGACAAAAAUUGGUUAAAGAUAAAUUUUGUCAAACUGAGCCAGAGAAUUCUAUGGAACCCCUAGGAUCCAGUAUCUUUGAAUUCUUGGAUAAGGAACUAGGUAGUGACCCCGAGGUGAAACAAAAUUUGGCCAGAAAGAAAGCUCUGUUGAGACAAUUACAUAAUAAUUCAUCUGGAAGAAGACUGCCUUUAGUUCGUUUCAAAACUUCAGACUUGGCCACUAGAACAGUCCUGGUAGAGCCCGAAGAUUGGGCUAUAGAAGACGAACAUGAAAAACCUAUUGUCUCUAGAAUCCAGCUCCCUCUCAUGUUAGCAUGGUCAUUAUCGAUUCACAAAUCACAAGGCCAAACUUUACCGAAAGUAAAAGUUGAUCUCAGGAGAAUCUUUGAAAAAGGUCAAGCAUAUGUGGCUCUCUCAAGAGCAGUUUCAAGAGAGGGACUACAAGUUUUAAACUUUGACAAAAAUAGAAUCGGCGCGCACCAGAAGGUGAUAGAUUUUUACAUGACACUAGUCUCUGCAGAACAUGCUUUGAAACAAGCUGAUAUUAAAUGUGCAGAAACCACUGUCAAACCUAUAUCCGAAUCGCGGUUUGCACCGAAGACGACAAGAGCUGAUAGAAUCAUUAGUGGGAAUAGAACUAAUAGACAGCUGCCACUUCUCGACAUAAAAAACAUGCUGUUGAAACGCAAAGAUUCCCCAACAAACCCAGAAGAUACACCCUUUACUCAGGAACAAUCAUUAUAA